UUGGUGAGUCGACUCCUUUGGAGCUUUGUGGAAUCUAGGAUCGACUCAUUCCUCUCUCGAGUCGCAGCGCUGCCAAUCGGAGCCGAGUAGAGUAGACUGGAGAGUGUAGUAGAGUUGUGUCCCUGUGGCCGCCAUUAAAGGAUGCGACCAAUGUAUUCAAACAAACCAGUGAGACACAGCUGAGCACAGCACAGUCGUGCCUCUUUUAACUGUACUUUUUAAUCGAAACGUUUUACUUCAAUCGUCAGCUUCUCCGUGAAUAGUCGUUGACGGCAGUCCGGCGAAGACUUGGAAAGGAGGAAGUGAUUUUUAGUGAAAUUUAAAGCUGAACUCUUCUGGCUUGAACUGUUUGUUGCUGCCUCGCUUAGCCAGGCUAACCCCAGCUAGCCUGAUGCUAUGCUAAGCUAAAGGGGGAGGGCUGAAUUCACCUUCCUACCCCCUCAGACUUCUGUAAUUACAUAUUAUUUUGAUGUAACAAAUCUGGGGGAAUAACAAUAUCUCAUCUCGGAUCAUGGUAAAUACGCGCAGGAAGUUUUUAGUGCAUUUUUUCCUGGUAAGUGAGUAACCUCUAGCGGAGUAAUAGCAGAGCUAAGCUAAUUAGCUCGCUGGACGCGAACCCGUCCUGCUGAUUGUGUCCGAGAGACGGAGACCCGGUCCAAAAGCCAUCGCAUUAUCUGUUCCUGGGAUCUGAAAGAGAGGAUGGCUCGCCGGGCAGCGCUUUGAUGAUGAGUUCUUGUUUUGUACCCAACGGGGCGAGCCUGGAGGACUGCCACUCCAAUCUAUUCUGUCUGGCUGACCUCACCGGGAUUAAAUGGAAGUGUUUUGUAUGGCAGGGCCCCACCUCGUCCCCCAUCCUCUUCCCGGUGACGGAGGAGGACCCCAUCCUGUGCAGCUUCAGUCGCUGCCUGAAGGCAGACGUGCUGAGCGUGUGGAGGAGGCACCAGACCCCGGGCCGGCGGGAGCUCUGGAUCUUUUGGUGGGGAGACGACCCCAACUUUGCCGAGCUCGUCCACCAUGACCUAUCAUGUAAUGAGGACGGUUCAUGGGAGAGCGGCCUGACCUACGAGUGCCGAACACUGCUCUUCAAAGCCAUCCAUAACCUGCUGGAACGCUGCCUCAUGAACAGAUCCUUUGUUCGUAUCGGCAAGUGGUUCGUCAAACCCUAUGAGAAGGAUGAGAAGCCCAUCAACAAAAGUGAACACCUGUCCUGCUCCUUCACAUUCUUUGUACAUGGAGACAGUAACGUGUGCACCAGCGUGGAGAUUAACCAGCACCAGCCUGUCUACCUGUUGAGUGAGGAGCACCUGACCAUGGCCCAGCAGAGCAGCAGCUCGGUUCAAGUGAUCCUCUCUCCGUAUGGUUUGAGUGGGACUCUGACAGGCCAGUCCUUCAAACUCUCAGACCCACCGACCCAGAAGUUGAUCGAAGAAUGGAAGCAGUUCUAUCCCAUAGGCCCCAACACCAAGGAGGUCACGGAUGACAAGAUGGAUGACCUUGACUGGGAGGAUGAUUCCUUGGCUGCUGUUGAAGUUGUUGUUGCUGGGGUCAGGAUGGUGUACCCAGCCAGCCUGGUGCUGGUGGCCCAGUCGGACAUCCCGGUCAUGGCCACAGUGAGUUCUUCCACCUCCUUGGGCUCUUACUCAGGAGGUCAGCACAGUCAGGUGGUCCAUGGAGAUACUGGCAUCUCUUCGGUCACUCUGACUCCUCCCACUUCACCUGAGGAGGCUCAAGCAGUCUCUCAGCCUGCCCAGAAGUGGGUGAAACUCUCAGCUAUGUCAGGCGCCUUUAGUGUGGACAGCAGCAGUCAUCAUGGAGGCAAGAUCCCCCGUCGCCUAGCCAGCCAAAUGGUGGAACGAGUCUGGCAGGAGUGCAAUGUUAACCGAGCCCAGAACAAGAGAAAGUUUUCAACCAUGUCUAACGGAGCUUGCGAGGAAGAAACGGACAAAGCUUCUGUUUGGGACUUCGUAGAGUCAUCUCAAAGGUCACAGUGCAGUUGCUCAAGGCUAAAGAACCAGAAACAGCGGGCAUGUAGCACCCCAGGGCUUCCGCCAUCUGCUGGCCAACCUCCUCAGCCCUCUACCAAACACAAGAUGGCGGAAAAGCUGGAGAAGGGGGACAAGCAGCAGAAGAGACCCCAGACACCCUUCCACCACCGCAGCUCUCUAUGUGAAGAACAGCCCAACUUGGAGCAGGGAGAUGGUGUUCACAGGCUGUGUCUGCAGGGCCACGAGGAUAGCCGCUUCCCCAGCCUCCACCACGCCGACGUCACCUCCAGCAAGACCCCAAUGCUGCACGGUUCAGCCGACGAGAUGGCCGGCUCCCCUCAGCCCCCGCCGCUCAGCCCGCACCCUUGUGAGCGUGGAGAGGAUGCGAAUGAUGGCCUAAAGAGUUCCUCCUCGCCCUUGCACCAACACUUCUAUCCUUCUUCCUCUGAGCCCUGCCUGGUGCCCCAGAAACCCCCAGAUGAUUCUGUACUAGACCCAUUGCCCUUACCCUGCCCACCUCCAUACCCAGAGUCCCUAGAAGCCACCAUAUACAUGGGCUCUGCCAUAAACCCCCAUGAGGACACAUCGCAAAACCCCUGGAGGUACUUUAGGGUGCCUGGAGGGAAGAAUGCAGAUUUCCACACACCUCAGCUUCCUGUGGUCACGCUCUUUGAGGAUGGUAACAGGACCGGAGGCCAGGACGGUGUUGUCUCAGUUACAGAGCUUAUGUCCUCCUCCAAAAAGCCUCUGAAGGUGUCUGAAGAGCUGGUGAAGAUGUACGAACAUAAGAAAAACCAGUACCUUUCUGCAGCUGUGUGCGACGGAGGCCAGGAGCGAGAAUCUGAUCCGUACGCAUUUGUGGAAGGAGACGAGGAGUUUAUGUUCUCUGAUAAAGACAAAAAGCCUGGACCUGAGAGAGAAACCGGGAAGAGAACUAAGAGGGACGAUGGCAGCGUAUCAUCUUCUGAUGAUGCCCAGGGGUCAGGUGGCAGUAAACCACUUCCUACCACCAGCUUGAUCCAUGAGACCGAUCUGGUUGUGUCUAUCAAUGACCUGGACAACCUCUUUAACUCUGACGAGGAUGACCUGACGCCUGGAUCCAGGAGAGCUGCUGGUGGAGCGGAGGAAAAAUUUGGUGGGAAAGAACCAAAACCUGCAGCUCCAGACCCCCUGCCUUGCUCAGCAGACCUGCACCAGAUGUUCCCAACCCCUCCGUCACUGGAGCAGGGCUACUCUCCUAUAAACAUGGGCAAUACGGAGUCAGCGGCUAGCCUGUCUCUUCUGGAUGGGGCCAUCAGUGGCAACUUCAAGAUGGAGGUGGAGGAGGGUUUCUGUAGCCCCAGACCCUCAGAGAUUAAGGACUUCUCCUACGUGUUUAAGUCAGAGUCCUGCCAAGCGCUCAUCGGCUGCUCUCUUUACGCCCCUCUGAAGACGCUGCCCAGCCAGUGUCUGCUUCCUAUCAAGCUUCCAGAAGAUUGUGUGUACCGGCCAAGCUGGACAGUCGGCAAACUGGAGAUGCUGCAGCCGAUGGCAGCCAUGACCUUCCUCAACAAGGACAGUAACAUCCCUAGUGUAGGAAGUGCAGUUGAACAGGAUCAGAGCUGCACCCCUCAGACACACAACACCUUUAUGUCCAACAGUGCCCCACCCAGCAACAGCGGCGCUGGCAUCUUGCCCUCCCCUGCCACCCCUCGAAUCUCCGCCCCAACGCCACGGACACCUCGGACCCCACGCACCCCCAGAGGCCCCGCCAGCGUCCAGGGCUCGCUGAAAUACGAGAACUCCGACCUCUAUUCUCCCGCCUCUACACCCUCCACCUGCAGACCUUUAAAUUCGGUCGAGCCUGCCACGGUGCCCUCCAUCCCGGAAGCGCACAGCUUAUACGUAACCCUCAUCCUCUCCGAGUCGGUAAUGAACCUCUUCAAGGACUGUAACUUCGACAGCUGUUGCAUCUGCGUCUGCAACAUGAACAUCACAGGGGCGGAUGUUGGCGUCUACAUCAGUGAUCCCAACAUGGACUCUCAGUACUCAAGCAUGGACCCCUGCACCUGCGGUUUUAGCGCUGUCAUGAACCGUCGAUAUGGCAACGGGGCCGGCCUCUUCCUGGAGGAUGAGCUGGACAUCAUGGGACGGGGUUCGGAUGCUGGACGGGACACAGAGAAGCACUUUGAGGCUGUACGCGCAGCCUCGCUUCAGAGAGGGACGGUCCUUAAAGAGCAGGUCCCGGAUGAUCUCAUCCUCCUGCUGCAGGACCUGUGCACUAACCCUUUCUCCCCCAUCAUCAGGCCCGAGCUUCUCAGCUCCAGUCUCAAGCCACCCAUGCGCCUGGAGGAGAGGGACUAUUACAGUGACUGCUACUUGGCUCUGGAGCACGGCAGACAGUUCAUGGACAAUAUGUCUGGAGGAAAAGUCGAUGAGACGCUGGUCAAGAGCUCCUCUUUACACCACUGGGCCAAACGCAACGCUUUCGAUAUGAGCAUGCUGUUCUCCCAGGAUGUGCUGAGGAUGCUGCUGUCACUUCAGCCUGUCCUGCAGGACACCAUUCAGAAAAAGAGGUCUGUGCGCUCUUGGGGGGUCCAGGGCCCCCUCACCUGGCAGCAGUUCCACAAGAUGGCUGGCAGGGGAUCGUAUGGCACUGAUGAAUCUCCAGAGCCCCUCCCCAUCCCCACCUUACUGGUAGGUUAUGAGUAUGACUUUGUGGUGCUGUCUCCUUUUGCUCUGCCAUACUGGGAGAAGCUUCUGCUGGACCCGUACAGCUCCCAGAGGGACAUCGGAUACAUGGUGGUGUGUCCCGACAAUGAAACUCUGCUUAAUGGAGCCAAGACUUUCUUCAGAGACUUGACAGCAGUAUAUGAGUCCUGUCGGCUCGGUCAGCACAGGCCCAUCGCCAAGUCUCACCCUGAUGGCAUUGUGACUGUGAGUGAUACUAGAUCCCAGCCUCUCACAGAUCAGACUCUCACUGACUGGCUCCCAAAAACCAUCAACAGCAGCAGCGAGGCUUUCAACAAGCUCAGACUUUACGCGCAAGUGUGCCGACACGACUUGGUGUCCUGUCUGGCAUCCCAGUCUUUGGACAACUCACUGCUUUCCCAACGAAACCCUACCAGCACUUCGCAAUCUUCCAGCUCCAGCAGCCCCAUCACAGCCUCUCAGAACACCACCCCUUCCACCAACAGCACCUCCAACACUAACACCACAACCGCCGCCGCCACCACGUCCACCACCCCUUCCUCCUCCUCUCAGGGCAUAGGUACCUUGCCGUCUUCCAAGCCCAAUUCCUUGCCUUCCUUUGGGGCUCAGGGCUUGCAGUCUAGUCAGCCAAGCGGCGGUCAGAGUGCAGGGACACUGGGGGACAGCUCAUCGGCCACAAGCCAACCUCAGGUCCAGUCUGAGCCUGCAGAGAGCACUAUGGAGAGAGAGAAGGUGGGGGUGCCGACUGACGGAGACUCCCAUGCCGUCACUUAUCCUCCCUCUAUAGUGAUCUACAUCGUGAACCCCUUCAGCUACGAGGAGACGGGCCAAGGCGGCAAUUCCAGCGUGUGGACGAUGGGUCUUCUCCGCUGUUAUCUGGAGAUGCUUCAGUUUCUUCCUCCUCAGAUCAGGAAUGCUGUAUAUGUCCAAAUUAUACCCAACCAGUACUUGCUGCAGCCGGUCUGUAGUGAGGAGCGCCAUAUAUACGCACAGCACCUGAAGUCUCUGGCUUUCUCAGUUUACACACAGUGCAGACGGCGUCUGCCAACCUCCACUAAUGUCAAAACGCUAACAGGCUUCGGCCCCGGCCUGGCCAUUGACACUGCACUACAGAGUAAAGAGAGACCAGAGUGUUUACAUCUCUACGCACCACCGUUCAUCCUGGCACCAGUCAAGGACAAACAGACUGAGCUGGGUGAGACAUUUGGAGAGGCUGCGCAGAAAUACAACGUGCUGUUUGUGGCCUACUGCCUUUCACAUGACCAGAGGUGGCUUCUGGCCUCAUGCACUGACCAGUACGGGGAGCUGCUGGAAACCUGCAUCAUCAGCAUCGACGUACCCAACCGAGCUCGGAGGAAAAAAGGCUCUGCACGACGACAGGGCAUUCAGAAGCUUUGGGAAUGGUGUCUGGGUCUUGUACAGAUGACUUCACUUCCUUGGCGCAUUGUGAUCGGCCGGCUUGGAAGGAUAGGUCAUGGGGAGUUACGUGAUUGGAGUAUUUUGUUGAGUAGGCGAAACUUGCAGUCUCUCGGCAGACGACUUAAGGAAAUGUGCAGGAUGUGCGGCAUCUCUGCCGCAGACAGUCCCAGCAUCCUCAGUACCUGUCUAGUUGCCAUGGAACCACAGGCUUCCUUUGUCAUCAUGCCAGACUCCGUGUCCACAGGCUCCGUGUUUGGCCGCAGCACGACCCUGAACAUGCAGACAUCCCAGUUAAACACUCCUCAGGACACCUCCUGCACUCACAUCCUCGUGUUCCCCACUUCUGCCGGCCUCCAGGCCUUCAAUCCCAUCAAUGACGUCACAGAUGGAAUGGGUGGCAUGGAUGGAAUCUUGGACUUGCUGUCAGAGAAUGAUCUGGUUGACCCCGAUCUCAUUAACAUAAUUCCCAACUCUCCCACCACCUCCCCAGUACAGUCGCCAGGCUCACAUUACCACCACGGAGGAGACGGCAGCAAGGGCCAGAGCACAGACAGGAUGGAGUCUCAUGACGAAUCUCCCAACAUCCUCCAGCAGCCCAUGGCUCUGGGCUACUUUGUGUCCACAGCUAAAGCGGGUCCACUGCCUGACUGGUUCUGGUCCUCCUGCCCACAGGCAAAGAACCAAUGUCCUCUCUUCCUGAAGGCUUCUCUGCACCUUAAUGUUUCAUCAGUGCAGUCAGAUGAAUUGCUGCACAGUAAACACUCCCACCCUCUGGACUCUAGCCAUACCUCAGAUGUGCUCAGAUUUGUGCUGGAGCAGUACAAUGCCCUCUCGUGGCUGACCUGUGACCCAGCGACUCAGGACCGGCGCUCUUGUCUGCCCGUGCACUUUGUUGUGCUCAACCAAAUGUACAACUUCAUUAUGAACAUGCUCUAACGAACGAGGGGUUCUGCACAACUGUUGCCAUGAUUUCUCACAACAGACCCUGCAGAGACACCGCAUCACUGCACUGCCGUCGCAGGCCUCCACGCCGAGGACACAGCUGGACGAACCAACUGCAAUCAGACAGCGCACUUACAGCAAUGCCAGGCUGCCCAGUUUAUGCCAAGUGUCCAUCUCAACAACUGGAGGGAAAGAAACUCGACCAUCUCGAUGAACUUUUAAAAGGCCUGAAAGUGCAGUUUGGGUCAGGUUUUAUCCAGUUGAAAUGCCUGCAUAUAUCUUAUUUAUUGUAUGUUUUUAAAUGUGUAAUUUCUUAAUCUUUUAUAUUAUAUAAACACAGGAAGAUGCAUAUUGCCUUCCUAAAUGAAAUGAAAAUGGUUUGUCAUAUAUGUAAUUGUCUUAAUUACAGAACCGACAAGUGAAUUUGCUGUAGGUUGCUUUUAGAGGAAUAUUUAGAGAAAUAUUUUCUCCACAAUUUUUACUGUCACAGUGUACAGAUGAAGUAUACAGGAGCUCACGUUCUUACCUUUGUGUGGUGGGGACUUUAAGAUAGGCUGUAGCUACAGAAUUCCUGUACAGCAAUUUAAUGUGUUCAAAUAAGAGGACAAGAGGUACAUUGUCGGAUUAUAUAUUUUAUAUCACAGAUUUAGAGAAUUGUGUGUGUAUAUAAAUGUGUACAUACAAUCGCGUGCCGCUAUGGAUGGUGCAGCCAAUGUUUUAGGAAUAAAGUGUGUAAAACCUAAAA